GCGUGUUAGCAGGGGUGUGGGGAGAGAGAGAGAGAGAGAACGAGCGAAAACUAAAGAGUCGAGUUCACUAAUUGUGAAUCUAACAGGACCCGAGCACGAAAAGUCAGGGGAUAGAAAGGAACUGGCCACGCAGUGCUCCUUGGUCUUCGCUUGGUUUAGCGGGAUUAAAUCCUUCAAUCUCUGAGGCAUACGGAUGUACCGACGAUCGGCCGGACCAGAUUUGGAUACUGAAAACUGAGUAAAAGGUUUUGUUCCCCCCCACCUUUUUCUGGAGGCAAAGCGGGGGCGAGCGCGCAACCACCGCGUUGCCGACACAAGCGUCUGGAGCGCCAUGGAGCUCCCGUGCUGGAUAACCCUCACGCUGCUGCUCGCGCAGUCCGUGUCGACACACCGUAUCUCUUCAGUGGAUGAGGAGAACUCUGGUAUGGAGCCCUACGAUGAUGAAGACUUUUUCUCUGGUUCAGGCUCUGGCUUCCCAGAGACAGGUGUAAGUCCCACUGCAAUGGUUGUGUCAUUCACCACAGAAGAGCCUCUCCCACUUUCAACAACCCAGGCCACUGGACCCAUCCCCUCAGCACCCCCAGCUGCAGAACCCAGCAGCACGCCAUCGCCAGAAACCGAGCGAGAGAGCGGUGUGGAGUGGGAGACAGAAAGCGAGAAGGAGAGGGAACCGGAGAUGGAGAUGGAGAGAGAGCAGGAGCUGGAAAGGGAGCAGGAGAGAGAAAGAGGAAAGGACAAAGAACGUGAAAGAGAGAGAGAGCAGGCAAGGACUACAGGUGUGCCCAGAGCCCCUGCACUUCCAGUGGUGACCACAGACUCUUCACUCACUCUGGCUGAGACUACUGUACCUGCUGACACAGAGGACCCUAGCACCACUGAAGAAGAGGAUCUGUUUAUCACCAAGGAAUUGUCCCCUUUCAAUUCAUUCAGCACAGAGGAGACCAUUACAGAGGAUGUCACAACCAACGAAGUUCUUCCCACCACUGUUGCCUCCAGUACAGCUCAGCCAACCACUAUUCCAACCACACCCAGCACUGCCCCUCAACAUCCACGGAAACCACAGGCCACGCCCAGCAGAGUCACUCCUGCUGAAAGCAGCACACAUCCAGUGUUAACCUCUACUAUACAGGGGAGAGCUCCAGAUGCAACACUAAAUAAUGAAGUUGCAGGGGCAGGUCCCACCGAGGAGGAUGGGACUGGAGAGGACGGUCAGUACGGCAAUGAAGUGAGGCAUGACAAAGGUGCACCGGACAUGGCAGCAGAGCCUGAUUUGACUGGCAACACAGUAGAUACAGGAAGUUCAGCUGCUCAACUUCCUCAGAAAAACAUUCUGGAGAGAAAAGAAGUUUUGAUAGCGGUGAUUGUUGGUGGUGUAGUGGGGGCACUCUUCGCUGCAUUCCUGGUUAUGUUGCUUGUUUACCGGAUGAAGAAGAAAGACGAAGGCAGCUACACCCUGGAGGAGCCCAAACAAGCUACAGUCACCUACCAGAAACCAGACAAACAAGAGGAGUUCUAUGCCUGAAUAUCCACAUCCUCUUCUCCUCACAUCCCUCCAUCCUUCUAGUCUUCUCUCUCUCUCCGACACUUCUUUCUUCCCUUCAUCUCAUUCUUUUUCUCUCCUGACUCCCUCUUUUCUCCAUGUGAGUGCCUCUCACUCGAAGGACUUGGAACUUUUGUUUGAAUGGAAAAAGAUAAGCAGAAAAAAAGAAAGUGGCUAUGGACAGAAUUUUGGGGAAUGGGCUAGGGAUUCCACACAUACACAAAGAAAAAAAACCACCUUUUAAAGUAUGUGUUGCUAUUGGUAUGUUUAGGAUUGUUGUUCUAUAAAAUUAUGACCUGAAACGUUUUGUAAAGACACAUAUGCUCUACAACUGCACAAUAUUCCUCUCCAGUUGAACAUAGAAAAGCAUGAAAGAGGGAGUGAGGAGAAAAACAGUGGUCAUGGAGGGUCACAGAGGGCUGAGGGCGAGGGCUAAAAACGAUGAGAGGGGAAUUAAGAGAAGGAUAAGAUGAAUGCCAAGACCAAGCCACUCUGAACAGAUCACACAUCUUUCUGUCACAAAGAUCAAAGGUGAAAUGUUGCGUGGUGCCUUCCACUUCCCUGGUGCUAGAUGCCAAGCUUGGGCAGAGAACAGUGUGUGUGCCUGAUUGUGUAUGUGACUGUGUGGCAUGACAGUGCUGCCAUCUGUGACAUAUGCACACAGUCCUGCUCCCUCUGCUGGUGAGAGAGUAUGUCAGCAAGACUGGCCUCAAAUGACUGUAGUACUAUUUGUUUGGAGCAGGGAAAAAAACAAAAAGACUGUACAAUUUACAGCACAUAUAAAUGUUGAGGAAAUAUCUGCUGUGAGGGAGCGCAUGCAAAGAAUCAGAGGACUAACCUCUCCUCUGUACUGUACAAAGACAAUUAGUUAUCAAUAGUAAUAAUAAUCAGUAAUAUAUCAGCAGCUCUGAGUGGAAGGUAAAAGAUUAUAAUAAUAUUAGUAGUGAAGGAUAUUAUCUAUUUAGCUGUGCAGUAAAGGUUUUAUUGGUGUAAAUAUCAACUUUUUAAUGUUGAUUUAUCCUGCUUUUAAUUGUUUUUUACUUUAAACUUAUAAACAUCUUUGCACACAUCCUUACUCAUAUCACUUUAGAAAUAUAAAUCUAAAUGGCAACAUAAUGUUACAGGAAACUAAAGAGGAGUUUAAUUUGACACAGUGAACCUUCUUUUCCAUCACUUUAGAUGAAAGAAAAAAAUUAAAGAUUUCCCAUACUUUGUUUUUAAUUUAUUGUAAAAAGCACAAGCUUACAAAACUUGGUGUCUCAUUUGCUCUUUGACUCUGUCACACAUACACCUCACCACCAGAACCUGUCAGUGGUACUCUGGGGAGCUGGAAUUUGAAUUCAAUUCAGACAGGAGGCUGAAUUCAUAUAGUGGGUAUUGACUGCGUGAUCAGGAUUCGAGAAAUUAGCUAGGGUUUGGUCUUUAGGUCAGGUUUAUAGAAACAGGAGAGGUUCCAGAGGAAUAUUGUGUUUAAUACUGGGGACUUCAGGUUAAAGCUAGAGCUUGGUAAAAAAAUCAAGUUUACACAGUUUUCCCGAAAGUGUAAAUGUGGUCACUCAGGACAUGCCUGGGUCCAAAUUAGCUUCUGUGGUUUUGAACUGGAGCUAAAAGGCUAACAUGGCUUAUGAUUAAAGGAUGCUUAUUGAUGAUUUUGGUUUCUGUUGCUGGAUACACAAAAGCAAGUCUAUAUAAGAUUACUGAACAACUCAAUGCAUGGUGCUAAUUGGAGGUCCUAAGCUUACUUUGUUAGCCUUGCGCUACAAGGGUGAAAUUAAAUAAGUCCAAUUUGGACCCUCAUCAUGACUGGGCUGACUGACUGCUUCUUGGGCAAGUGGAAAACUAAAUGUUGUUUGAUUUUGAAUUAUUCCUUUAAGACAUUUCAUAGUGCAGACAUUUUAUUGAGAUUGCAGAAGGGCCAGGAACUUUUUUUUUCUGGAUGCUUUUGAUUAUGUUGUUCUCAUAAGUCAAAAGUGAUGCAGAUUGAGGUGAUUCAAGCUACAUGGCUGCACAGUUAGCGUUAGGUCCACAUGCAUGAUGUAGCAAUAAUGCAGCUGUUAACAUCAACACAUUCAUAUGCUGUCACCCUCAGCAGGGAGAAUGUACUGGUCUUUUAAAACCUUGACAAAUGCCAUAGUAUGAGUCCGACUGGCAUGGCUGAUGUAUCGCAUCAUUUUGUAUGCCACAGUAGUGGCUGUCAUUUGGGAUGGUCUCCGUUACCACCUAUAGAGAGCACAGCACAAACACUGAAGCACUGCAGAAUGGCCCACUGUGUUCCUUGCGGCCCACUCUAGCGGACCCCUGGUAAACAUAUCACUUCGACGGGCGGGUUGAACCACACUUCUUAGUACAGCCCAUCUAUUUUAUAUACAGAGCUCCAUGUAAUGGGGCUAAAAUGCCUAAGAGUACUAGCAAUGGAAUUACCCAAGCAUCCUCAAUUAUAUCACAGAUUGCUUGUGUGCACAACUGAGACUUAAAGAGUGUGAGGGUCAUCCUGGGGUAGGGUUGUAGGCAUGUGAGGUGGCUGUACAUCUAUCUAAGAUUGUAAUAUCACAGUGGUGCGCAUGCACCUGUAGCUUGAACUUUAUAUUCUAACCUCUAUGAUUAGUUCAUGCCUGUGUGUGCAUGUAUGUGCCCAUGCUGGCUGGAAUGUAGCCGGUGUCCCCCCCCCCCCACCCCCCAGCUCUUCUUCCAUUAUGAGUAGGCUAUUUAAUGGACUGGGUUUUCUUUGGUUAGCUGCGUAGCUGAAUAUAGAAGGAAAGACUGUCCAGUACAAAUAUCCCUUACCAUUUAUGUUUAAAUGUUGGCUUAAAUAAUUUGACUAACUGAUCUCAUUUAGUGAAACAACUCCUAGGACACAUCCUCUUACACUCAUUACUAUAAAGCAUGCACAAACAUGUGCACGUCCACCUCUGAAAACGACACCGGUCACAACAAUUAGAACUGGGACCUUGGGAAAUUCCGUACGACCAGUCUGACAUUAUACACCUAUGAUUCAAUACUCUAAUGCUGUCAUCAACACAAUCUCAGCAAUGGCUCAUUGGUCAUGCCUUUACUUUUACAGUGAGCGUGUUUGCUAGGUCAGUGUAUGGAUACAUAGGAUAGUCAUAAGGCUUCAGUUAUCAAGAUGGCAUGAUUGUUCAGAAAUUUUUAAAGGUACAAAUUGUUUGACAUGGCAUUGCACCUUACACGAAGCUUAUGAUCACUUGUAAGAAUGAUGUUUGGAAUGUCUUUGACAUACCAUGUACAAAAAUGCAAAAAAACAAACAAAAACAAAAAAACAAACAAAAUCCCUCUACCAACCAUACCACCUGUCUGACCUCUGUACAUUUAUUACCAACACAAGUGCUCACUCACUUGCCAACUCCAACACCCUCACUUGGAAAUGUGCAGCAGUCGCUGUGUGUUAAAUUGAAUGGUCUCGGUAGAACUUUGGGUUUACUUUGUUUUGUUUUUUUUUUCUACUCAUCUACCUGUGACCUGUUUCUCUUUACACCCAUGGCCAAAUAAGAUGUAGGCCUUCAUGUGUCUGUGUGUCAAUCACAGACCAGCAUGGUCUUGAUGUGAUGGUUGCCCAUUGUGUUUUAUACAUGCACAUUUUUAAGAGAUGAUUUUGAUUCUCAUAAGUUGGUUUGUGUAUAAGGAAGCAAAGUUCUGUCACUAAUAUGCCACUCUGUUAUAAAUAAAAGACCUGACUGGGUA